UUGUUUUCCGUACCCAACGAGGUAACAAAGUUAACCAGUCCAAACUACCCGAACAAGUAUCCGAGUAAUUCAAACUGCACCUGGAUAAUAGGUCGAGGGAUGGAUUUAACAGAAGCAAAGAUCAUAGUCCUGUUUGACUACUUUCAUACAGAGGGCCUUGGCACUCCUUGCAGUUCUGAUUUCGUUCAAGUAAGUGACAGCUCCCAAAGUUUAAACUGGACAUUCAGUGGGAAGAUCUCACCGUUUGCAGUUAGCGUCAGUCAAAGUUAUGUCACCGUACGCCUGAAUUCAGACAAUGGAAUAGAGGAAAAUGGUUUCCAUGCUCGUUACUUUGUUGUAAGGAAUGCAGUUAAUCUGGGUACGAAAUCUAGGUUUGAUAGUAAUAAAUGCUACCGCAUAACAAGCCUUCUAGUGCAUAUAGUGCGUUAAGGCAAUCAUUCUUAUGCUUUAAAAGUCAGUGUAAUUAGAGCUCAGAUACCUCAAAGAGUUCAGAUACCUCAAAAGGUAUCUGAGUUCGCCUGUCGAGACAGGUUCAACAAUUUAGUAGCCACCCAGUGUGGAAUAAACUGACAG